AGAGAGUAUUUGGAGUGAAGAAUGAGGAGUGCAGUGAUUGGAGGUGGGAUUAGUGGGCUGGUUUCAGCUUAUGCUCUUGCAAAAGCUGGAGUUGAUGUUGUGUUUUAUGAGAAAGAUGACUCCCUUGGUGGCCAUUCCAAGACUGUCACCUUUCAUGGCCUCCAAUUGGACAUGGGUUUCACUUCCUUCAAUCGCGUAACAUAUCCAAAUUUGGUGGAGUUUUUUGAGAGCCUUGGAGUGGAAAUGGAGUUGACUGAUUUGUCAUUCUCAGUUAGCUUGGACCAGGGCAAGGGCUAUGAAUGGGGUACCAGAAAUCACCUGUCGGGUUUGUUUGCACAGAAGACAAAUCUUGUCGAUCCACGCUUCUUGCGGAUGCUUGAAGAACUUGCCAAGUUUAAGGAUGAUGUCCUCAGUUAUCUUGAGAUGCUCGAAAACAACCCUGACAUUGAUCGGAAUGAAACGUUGGGGAGUUUUAUAGAGUCCGGGGAUUACUCUGAUGUAUUUAAGAAAGCUUAUCUUAUUCCAUUGUGCAGUUCAAUAUGGUCCUGCUGCCCAGAAAAAGUUAUGAGCUUUUCAGCUUAUUCUGUACUCUCAUUUUGCAGUAAUCACCAUUUACUUCAGUUCACUGGCGGCCCGCAGUGGCUUACCGUCAGAGGGCGGUCCCAUACUUACGUCAACAAGGUUAGAGAAAGGCUUGAAAGCUGGGGCUGUCAAAUCAGAACAGGCUGUAAGGUAGUCUCGGUUUCCACUGAUGAUAAGGGUUGCAGAGUAAUCUGCAGCGAUGGUUCUGAAGAAAUGUUCAAUGGGUGUAUAAUAGCAGCUCAUGCCCCGGAUGCUUUGAAGAUGUUAGGAGAGCAAGCAACAAUUGAUGAAAAAAGAAUACUUGGUGCUUUCCAGUAUGAAUCCAGUGAUAUCUUCCUUCACCGUGACAAAAAAUUUAUUCCCCAGAACCCAGCAGCAUGGAGUGCAUGGAAUUUCCUGGGUAGUAAUGACAACAAAGUAUGCCUAACAUACUGGCUGAAUGUGCUUCAGAACCUUGGUGAUACUGGUCUACCCUUCUUUGUGACGCUGAAUCCAGAUUAUACACCAGAACACACGCUAGUAAAGUGGACAACUAGCCAUAUAAUCCCAUCUGUAGCUGCAGAUUUCUUGAACAUUAUAUCUCUACUGGCUCUUUGACUUUAUUGGAGGAUGGAGGCAAAGUUCUUACCUUUGAGGGAAUGCCAAAGAAGGGUUUUCCCAAAGUAGUUCUGAAAGUUCAGAAUCCCCAGUUUUACUGGAAGAUAAUGACACAGGCUGAUUUAGGCCUUGCGGAUGCAUAUAGCAAUGGCGAUUUUUCCUUUGUUGACAAAGAUGCAGGUCUUAAAAAUCUUUUAAUGGUUCUCAAUGCCAAUAGUGAUAAGUGUAAGCAUGCAUCAAGAUCGACUAAGAAAAAGCUCCACGGACUAUCUCCCUUCAUCGUGACCUGAAGGGUCACAUCGCCACCUCCUGAAGCUCCAUAAACUUUCUGAAGGCUGUUGGAAUUAUGGUGCUUCAUCAAGCUUCGAUGCCACCGACUUCACCUGUGGCCAUUAUCGUUUGGGUUGCCAAGUGUGCUGUGUACUAGUGAAAGACUGUGCGUCCGUGUGUGUGUGUGUUAUAAAAGGGAGAAGAAAUAAGUGUGCGCUAUGGGGGUCGUGAGAUUCAUCAUUGUAAGACUUCAGUUUAGUCCUUGCCAAUAAAAAUUUUCUUCUCUCAAGUCUUUUUC